GGUACAUCUUGGAUGGUCUGAGGAUAAUCUUCCUCAUCCGUCUGAUUGAUGAUGUGAAGUCACAGUAACUAAAACCCUAGACCUGGUGAUGAUAAAGGUAAUGGUGCAUUUUUGAUUAUGCAAUUCCAAAACAGAUAAUGAUGUGCUGCAUGAUGCUGUUGCUGCCAACUGUCAAGUAUGUGGUGUAUUGUGGCUAUCAUAUCAUCUCUCUGCAUCUGUUUCAGAGUUUAUGCACCAAUUACCAGUAGAUCUUUAUCUGCAUUACCCAUUUCAUACGGCUUUAUUUCUCUGUGAGGUUGCCUCAGGCAAACAUCUUUGCACGGGUGUGUGUGUGUAUGUGUGUGUGUCCAGAGGGAGGGGUUAACAAGCAAAAGCUUGUGCAUGCACAUAUUAGUGUGCACACGUCAGAUCUGUGAGAUAAAGGAAUGCUAAUGCCAAUGCGGUAAAUGUUAACUGGUUUUAGACAUUGCCAUAUAUGGAUCAGUGCUGUGCAUACACAAUGAAUGAUGCACUCCUCCCUCUCCUGUUGAGCAGGAGAGCAGGUUACUCACAAUCUGACUCGAAACCUGCCAAGUGCCCUGUAAAUUGUGUACACCAAGAACUUAAUUAAGUGUUUAUGACCAUCACUGCAGGUGUAUAAAUGUAUGCGUAUAUUCAUGUUUGCAUAUUUUCUCUUUUGCUAAUAUAUGCAAAUAAUUUUCAGAUGAACAUGAGUCAUUUCAUAUUAGUAAUGACAGAAUGCAUUAUUUAUGAAAAUAUAACAUUCAACCAUAAAACACAUAGCUCUCUUUCCCCCAUUAGAAUGCAUACAUUAUAGAUGCAUAUUCUUUGUAACAUUAAUUGCUCAGUAUCAAAAAAUAGUCAUGAUCAUUUAGCAUCUGGUAAAUGACAGCUUGCUAUUUACUUUCUUACUAAAUAUAAAUGUGAGCAUGAGCACAUAUUUAAUUACAUAUAGGCUAUGCACAUGAAAAAAUAAAAUAAAUAAAGAAUAGUACAUUUUGAACCACAGUAAACUAGGGGUAGCCUAUAAAUACAUACUUAUUUUAAAUAAACAAAAUAGCCAUGUGAAAUGUGAAAACAAUUAGCUCACAUGAUCAAAGAGACCUCAACUAAGGAAUUGCUGGAAUGUCAGAUGAAAAGACCACUUAAUUAAGUAUAACCUAGCAUAUAUAUAUAUAUAUAUAUAUAUAUAUAUAUAUAUAUAAAGGUUUGCAAUUUAGGGUAAUGAGUCUGUGGAAUUUAGUUUCUUGCACCCCCACUACUUCAUAAUUAAUUCUGUCUCCAACAUGCACGCCUAUUUCUCAAAUACAACAAUAACAUGUCAGCUUAAAGUUUCGACAGCAGGUGGAGUCGACACUAAGCCACUCCCCUCAUAGUUAGAAAGCGGCGACACAUCUCUAGCACUGGCGUCAUCGUCUCCAAGCAACCUCUCCAUCAGCACUGUCGUCACUGUACUCCGAACCCGCACGGUUGCUCGGCAACUUCAGCCUUGUGCGCUCGCCCAGCCUCGUGCCCCGCUUUGAGCUCUGACGCGAAUGUGACGUCAAUAAGGCGGGGAUCAGUUUGUGAUGGGGAGGCGGAGUUCCCUCAUCACACGAUUGAGCUCGUAGGUGUGUCUAGAUGCCAGUGCACUGAGUACAGAGCUGUUGUGUUCACUAGAGUUCGGGCUCAGCUGGCCGCGAGCGGCACACUGUACAUAGGAGCGAUUUUUUUACGGCUCGCUCAGUAAAAGUGUAUAUCAUUGUACAUAGGAAAUAUUAUGAAGAUAGGUACUUAUUAUUUUAAAUGAAAUAAUAAAAAUGCACACGAUUUGCAUAAGGAAUGCCUUUUAAAUUCAAAUUUAAAAACCAUUUCAACUGUGGAAGAAGGUGGAAUUUGUUCGUGUGUUAUAAGGCACGUCAUAGUAAAUAAAAGUUAUUCUUCAACACCUCGCUGCUCUCAGACACACACAGAACCGGCAUCAUGGUGAUUAUGACAAAUAGCAGCACGGGCUCUCAGUCCAGUCCUGCCCAGAGCAGACCUCUGCAGGUCGGCUUCUAUGAGAUCAUCAGAACACUCGGCAAGGGAAACUUUGCUGUGGUGAAACUGGCCAGACACAAAGUAACAAAAACACAGGUUGCAAUUAAAAUAAUUGAUAAGACACGACUGAACUCGGCCAACCUGGAGAAGAUCUACAGGGAGGUCCAAAUUAUGAAGCUGCUCAAUCACCCACACAUCAUAAAGCUCUAUCAGGUCAUGGAGACCAAAGACAUGCUGUACAUUGUGACAGAGUAUGCAACAAAUGGAGAGAUGUUCGACUAUCUGACGUCUAACGGACGGAUGAGUGAAAGCGAGGCUCGUAAGAAGUUUUGGCAGAUACUGACAGCAGUGGACUACUGCCACAGGCAUCAUAUUGUCCACAGAGACCUCAAAACUGAAAACCUGCUGCUCGAUGCCAACAUGAAUAUCAAACUGGCAGACUUUGGAUUUGGAAACUUUUAUAAUGCUGGGGAGCCUCUCUCCACGUGGUGUGGGAGCCCACCGUAUGCUGCUCCAGAGGUCUUUGAGGGGAAGGAAUAUGAGGGGCCACAGUUAGACAUUUGGAGUCUUGGUGUGGUUCUUUACGUGCUGGUCUGUGGGUCUCUGCCCUUCGAUGGGGACAGUCUUCCUGCCCUGCGACAGAGAGUGACAGAGGGCCGAUUCAGAAUACCAUUCUUCAUGUCACAAGACUGUGAAAAUAUGAUUCGCAAGAUGCUGGUGGUAGACCCAGCGAAGCGAAUCAGCAUGGCCCAGAUCAAGCAGCACCGCUGGAUGUUAGCCGACCCCAGCGCGCCCCACCAGACCCUCUCCCUGUCCCUUACCACCUACAACUCCAACCUGGGAGACUACAGCGAGCCUGUUUUGGGAAUCAUGCAGACCCUCGGCAUUGACAGACAGAGGACUGUCGAGUCUCUCCAGAAUUGCAGCUACAACCACUUCUCAGCGAUCUAUUACCUGCUGCUGGAGAGAGUAAAGGAGCACCGCAGCCAGCAGCUGAGUCGCCAGUGUGGGGCCUGGAAUCAGAGAUCCAGGACAGCAUCCGAUUUCUCUGGCCGAGAGGAGAUCAUGGAGUCAUCUGACAAAUUGAGAAGCUCUGGCUUCCCCGUCGCCACGAAAGUGAACACUGCUAUCCAUUCAGAGAUGGAAUAUGAACAAGGAGCCCUUUUUCAGCGCGUGGUGUGUCCGGUGGAAGCCAGUCUGAGCAGGCUCCUGUGGAACCGAUCCAUCUCCCCCAACAGCCUGCUGGAGACCACUAUCAGUGAGGAGGUGCGACCUCAUGAUCUUGAGGAGGAAGAGGGGAUGCUGCAGGUCCAACCCCCCCAUCUGCCCAGCACCACAUCCCGCAGACAUACACUCGCAGAGGUCUCUGCCCGAUUCCACAAGAACAAUCCACCAUGUAUAGUGGUUAGCCCAUCAGACGGUGCUUCCUCUGACAGCUGUCUAAAGUCCUCCUCCAACACAAUCCCAGCUUUCUCCGCUGCUGUUGGAGACCUUUCAUCACUGUUCUGCUCUGAGACUGGUCCCGGGUACUUGGCUCCUGCAGGGACACUCCUCGCACUCUCCUCAAAUCUCAUUUCGCAGAACCAAGGAAGCAUGCUGGCAGCCAGCUUCCAAGAGGGCCGCAGGGCUUCAGACACCUCCCUGACACAGGGACUGAAGGCGUUUAGACAGCAGUUGAGAAAGAACACGCGUGCAAAAGGUUUGCUGGGGUUGAACAAGAUCAAAGGUCUGGCACGACAGGUGUGCCCUCCGACCUCAUGCUCCAGGGGCAGUCGGGGGUCAUUCUGCCCAACUAUGUGCCCUUCCUCAAGCCUCCAAAGCUCCAGUGGCCCCCGUGAACGCCGAAACAUGUUGGAGGAAGUUCUACACCAGCAGAGGAUGCUACAGAUUCAGCACCAACCUCAUUCCCAAGUCCAGUCUACACCCCAACAACCCGUACACCUAACAUUCCUCUCCCAGUCCCACCCCUCAUCUCCACCUUCCAACAAUCUCUUCGCCCCCGCUGCCCUCUUCUCCAACCCCCCGACCCAGCCGAUCCUCCCUCCAUGCCAGCAGUCCUCCUUCCCCCUCCAUCACAACCUAUGGCAGCAGCCGUCUCUCGAUUCCUCCAGUUCCUCCCUCUCGCCCGUUGCAUCUGCUGCCCAUCUCCUAGAGGCUCGUCUGCACAUCAGCCAGCAUCCACACCUCCACCCUCAGCAGCACCUGCAAAUCCAGCCCAUCAUCCAUCCCCAGGGGCCUUUCUCCCUCCUGCCCCAGCAGGGCGGUUGGAGCCUGAACACCAGCACUGAGGAGCCAGAUGUCCAGGAGCUGGCCUGUGCCAGUCAGAAGCAGCAGCUCAGCAGCUGUGUCAUGGUCAAGUAAAGAAAGCAAAGACAAUGGGAAGACCCAUAAAAGACUGAUCAAUAUUAGAGUGAUGCUGACUGCCCCCACCACUCUUGAAAAAAGUCCAGAAUGAGCCAAUGGACAUUGGUGAUGAGCAGAGAACCCUUAAUGGGCAUCAGAACAAGAAAGCAUCUCAUUUUGAUGAUGCACUCAAUAGUUUUCUGAUGCAAAGAAAAUAUGUCGAUUUUUACUCUGGAACAACAUGCAAUUCUACGUUUUUCUCGAUAUGUGUUGGUAUGACUAGAGAGAAGCAAUAACUGAACUCUUCAUUAGAGCCAUUGACCCUUGCCAGGUGCUCCUGUCCACGCAGCAAUAAAGAUAGGCCACUGAACAAGGAACUGAAGAGAGCUUGCAUCAGUUUGUGAGUGGCUUCACUAACUUCUGUUUGUACAACGUACAAAACUGGCCUCUAUAACUGAUUAUGACAUAGACAUUGAAGCUUGUUUUUCCUUUAUACAAAUAUGAAAAUAGGAUAUUUAUGUCUUCCAUACAGUUUUUUUUCCAAGAAUUUCCUUUCGGGGCUUGAGCUUUUUUCUUUUCUUUGUCUCUAGAGAAGACCAAAGUUUAUUGCUUUUUAUUUAUUUAUUUUUUUGCCUCUGAUUUCUUUCCUUGAAGUUCUUGAAAGCAGUAACUGACUUAUCCUGAACUUCCAAAACCAAGAAAACUAAAAUUGUCAUUUCAUCAUAUGAAUUUUGGCCAAUGCAAUGAUGAGGUCAUCAGAGACACCUUACUAUGAGGGGAAAAUACAGACAAAUAUGAGUAAGCUAAAUAUAAGCACAAGAGGUACUGCAUAGAGGUUCACUUAAACCAGGUGUAUGAAUGUGUGUCUUUGUCCUUGUAUGCUUUCAGUCUGUGGCAAUGACUUUUAAUGCUGCCUAAUGUUUGGCCUGGUCAAAGGAGACACUAGACAAUUAGAAUCACAUGGCAUAAAUGUGAACCUAUCAAUGAUUUUUGGCAGUUAAUGAAAUAGGAGACAUUUUCUGGCCUAGUAGUUUAGAAAACUCCUUUUUCCAUUGGCUCAUUACCUCCUUGAUCAUCGAUCAUUCACCUCAAAAUCGUAUCACAACAUACACUGUAUGAAAAUAAUGUCUCGAGCCCUUUGACCUUCAUUAAUGGUUGCUUUUUUAAAUCUUUUUUUUUUUAAUACAGUGAACAAAGAAUACAAGAAUAGUGCAAUAUUUCAAAUUGAAAUGUGUAACCAGGAAAGCUGUUGUAGGAAAGCAAAAGGUACCUCAUGCCUGAUAAUGUAAUUAUAUUCUUUCUUUUUUAUUGCUUUUUUAUGUAAUGAUUUUAUAUAUGAUAUUAUUUGAAAUAUGUAUUCUGCAUGAGCGUUGUCCCCUAGUCACUGGGGAUUGUGUCAGGAAGGGCAUCCGGCGUAAAUCCUGUGCCAAGUCAAAUAUGCGGAUCACGGAUGGUCCGCUGUGGCGACACCUAACGGGAGCAGCUGAAAGAAGAAGAAGACUCUGCAUGAGCAUAGGAAAUAUGAGCCUGGACAUUAUGUAAAGCUCAUUCUCAGUCUAUGAGACACAGGUUGCCUUUGCGUCCUGGCUUGCUUUGUAUAAUGGCAGAACUAGAAAAAUGACAUAUCUAGGAAAGCCAAAGAGAGACAGAGCACAUUGAAGAUCAAGAGAAACAUACUGCUUAUUCUACAGAGAAUCUCUCAGUUUCAAUGAAGUGUAGCACUUUCAAAAGCAGUCUUACUGUAAGAUACAGUAGCUGCCUCCUCUAGCUGACAAAUAUUCAUAAGCAAUCGUUUGUAGAGAGCAAAGGUCCUCCCCUUCUGUAGGACCUGCAAUUCCAUACUAUUGUAGUUUUUCCUUGAUUAAAAUGCACACAAAGACACAUACACACAUAGCUGAAUAUACAUCUUGUAGCAAUAGAGUUUUAUAUUUGUAGUUUAUCUUUAAGUUUGCUUAAGAAAUAUUUAGGUACUAGAAGUAGAUUUGAGAAGUGUAUCUAGGUUUGUGUGCUGUUUAUAUGAAAUAGUAGUGUUACCAUUAUUGAAACUCGAGCGUUUGCUUGAAGCACUUUUUAUAGCCCUAACAGAUCCUGUUGCAUGUCGGUCUCUUGUGAAUUAAGCAUAUUUGUGCAAUGGUUUCUAGUAGUUUAGAAAAAAACUGUACUGUGUUGUCUCCAAAUUGGGUCAUUUGAAACCAGUGCAGAGAAAGAUGAAUUGAAGGUAAAGCUAUUGAAGCUAAUGGAAGAAACAGUGUUACCCUUUCCUUCUGUUUUUCACUCACCACUAACACUUGUGCCUUUCUCUGAACAAAUCCAAUGGUGGUGAAAUUUUUUGGUUUGAUUUUAGGACAUUAGAAAGUUGCAGAGGUGUGAAUCAUAUGCUUUUGUUUGUUUAAACACCCAAUUUUAUACUUGUAUCUGCUGUUUGACAAUAAUGCACUUUAUGAUGAUAAUUGCGUGUUUGAAAAGUGUUUGUUUCCACUGCUGGUAUAGAUAUGUCUUUAGUUACAUUGAGGUCAUUUUUGAAA